CUGUUUGGUGGAAUUAGUCCGGAUUUGGAGAAUGGCUUCACUUUCUCAUUCACCGGUAACAUUUACUGGAAACCUGGCAUCUGGGACUUCAGCUUUGGAUCAUCUUCAUAGCUCAAUUAAUGGUGUUACUGGUGUGCCUUUGAAAGCCCUAGGGAGGGCACGGUUAGGCGCAACAAGGAGGGAUUUUACGGUCUCUGCGAAGGUUAGAAAGGGAAAGAAGCACGAGUAUCCGUGGCCAGAUGAUGCAGAUCCUAAUGUGAAGGGUGGAGUCCUCAGUCAUCUUUCGCAUUUCAAGCCUCUGAAGGAGAAGCAAAAGCCAGUUACUUUGGAAUUUGAGAAGCCUCUAAUGGCUCUACAAAAGAAGAUAAUUGACGUACAAAAGAUGGCGAAUGAAACUGGUCUGGACUUCACUGAUCAAAUUAUCUCACUUGAGAAUAAGUACCAACAGGUUUGACAAUUCUACAUGCCUCUAGUCUCUAUAUUUGAUUCUUGAGUUUUGCUAUAUUGACAUUAAUUUACUUUCAGAAUC